UUCUCUGAGGCUGAACUCAAGUUGAGACCGUUUUCUCUCGCUCCUCGCUGAAUCUUUCAGGUCCACGGACUGAGGAAACGUCUCCACCGUCAUGGGAGGCGGAGACCUGAACCUAAAGAAGAGCUGGCACCCGCAGACCCUUCGAAAUGUGGAGAAAGUGUGGAAGGCAGAACAGAAACAUGAGGCUGAGCGGAAAAAGAUUGAGGAGCUGCAGCGCGAGCUCCGAGAGGAGAGAGCUCGGGAAGAGAUGCAGCGCUAUGCUGAGGAUGUCGGGGCUGUCAAGAAAAAAGAAGAAAAGUUGGAUUGGAUGUACCAGGGCCCUGGUGGGAUGGUGAACCGUGAUGAGUAUCUGCUGGGUCGCCCCAUUGACAAGUAUGUUUUUGAGAAGAUGGAGGAAAAGGAAGCAGGCUGUUCUUCUGAGACGGGACUCCUCCCAGGCUCUAUCUUUGCCCCAUCAGGUGCCAAUUCCCUCCUUGACAUGGCCAGCAAAAUCCGGGAAGACCCUCUCUUCAUCAUCAGGAAGAAAGAAGAGGAGAAAAAAAGAGAGGUACUGAACAAUCCUGUGAAAAUGAAGAAAAUCAAAGAAUUGUUGCAAAUGAGUCUGGAAAAAAAGGAGAAGAAGAAAAAGAAGGAGAAGAAAAAGAAGCACAAGAAACACAAACACAGAAGCUCCAGUAGUGACCGCUCCAGCAGUGAGGAGGAGCAUAACCAGGGCAGAUCUCAAAAGAAGAUGGCAAAUCCCUUUCCUGUUUUGUCCAAAGUCCCUGGAUAUGGCUUACAGGUGAGGGACCCUGACCGUAACCAGGGACUACAGGGUUCUCUGAUGGCCGAACAAAGGGGUGUGAAGAACCAUUCCCGCUCAAGGAGCUCCUCCCACUCACCCCCCAGACAUGUCAGCAAGAAGAGCUCCAAGGAAGAGAGGUCCCGGGAUAGGAGGUCUCGAUCCCCAGGCAGAAGGUCACGGUCUCCAAGGCCCAGCAAACCGCAUGCCUCCAAGGUAAACAGGAAAGAGAGAGAUAGCCCAUCACCUAAAAAGGAUGUCUACCAGAGGCGGCAUGUGUCUGGAUAUACCAGGAAACUCUCAGCAGAGGAGCUAGAGCGGAAACGGCAGGAGAUGAUGGAAAACGCCAAGUGGAGGGAGGAGGAGAGGCUCAACACCCUCAAGAGGCAUGCCCAGGAAGAUGAACGGGAGCGCAGGCUGGAGAAGCUGGACUCCCGCUCUGGCAAGUUCAUCCAUCGCAUGAAGCUGGAGAGCGCAUCUACUUCCUCCCUGGAGGACCGGGUGAAGCGCAACAUCCAUUCUCUACAGCGCACAUCAGUAGCUCUGGAGAAGAACUUUAUGAAAAGAUGAGAAACAGCCUCUCACUGGUCUCCCUGAGUUCUCCAGGGGGGCUGCUGACCCCUUAGAAUUCUCUUUAUAAGAGUUCGAAUGGCUUCUUCUACAGGUGAAAAAUCACCACUGUUCAAAGUGCCCCUUGUCCAUUGACUCCUGAAAGAUGGUACAUUCUUUAAAAACCAAUGAACUUUGGCUGGAUGCACUGUGGGAUUUGACUGUGUUUUAAUGGAUGGGCACUGGGCUGUCCUGGAAGGCUUAGUUGCUUGUCACACCUACCCCACCCCACACACACCUGAAUGAAUGGAUCAGACCUUCCAAAGACCUCUCCCCAUAGCCACUCAGACAGACUCUGCUUACUGGGACAAAUGAACAUUGACUUUAUUUAGUAGACUUUGUGACAGAAUAGUCAAGUGUCAGGAAGAGCCAAGUGACAAAAAACUGGAAGAUAAAACAGUACCAAAAAAAGCCCUAAAUGAAUUGUUAACUAUUUAGUCUUUGAGAUGUAAUAGUAGAAUGUAUAUAUGUACAAAUGUAUAAUUUUAUACAUACUUUUAAAAAGCUACUUUUGUCAGAA